GCCGAAUGCCUGAAAGAAUCUGCACUGUGAAUGCAUGCGUGGGUAAGAAAGAAAGAGGCUGCGAUCUGGCCAUUGUUGUUCCUGAGGACUCCACAGUUGCUGAGAUUCCUCACUGAUACAAACUAGGCUUCUUCCUAGUUUCUGGAAAACCAGUUGUGGACUUCCUUCUAGAGCAUCGAACGUGGAAUAUUCGGCAUUUGUGACGUGGUAUCAACGGCCUGACCCUGAGGCUGGCGCUCUGCGGUCGCUGCUGCCGCCCUAAGCGCAAAGGCGGGGCCUUCGUUUCCAGCACCAAUGUCAGUUUGUAAAAUAGCAGGGCUGGAGUCUGGAGGGUUUAUAUGCUUCCGUUUUGAAGGAAGUCUGGUCAGCUCAAAAUUUACAGCUUGGUCACCUUAUAGACAGCCUGGUCAAGGCUGAACUGCUCAGUAACCUGGAUCCCAACGGCCUCAACAGGGAGGAAUAAAAUUUUUCACCUAUAAUUUGGAAGCUAAGUAAAUAACAAAAUGAAGCCAGUAAAGCACCUGUUGUCCUCUAGUAAUAAAUUGGCAAGUGUUCCAGAAUUAAGUCACAAAAAAGGACUACUUAAUUCACCAUUGUCACCUAAACUAAAGGAAAAACAAAGUUCAAAAUCAGUAUGUGACAAACUUGAAAUGGUCUUAAGAUCUCCACCAACAGGAGAAUCUGUAGUGAGGUAUGCUUUGCCAAUUCCGUCAAGUAAAACCAAAGAGUUAAUAGCAGAAGAUGAAUUGCUCAGGAAAACUACUGAACAUCUGAAGACGAUUGUUUCUAGUUUGGAAGAAACCUAUGGAAUUUGUAAUGAAAAUGUAGAAAAACCAGUUGUGAAGUCUGAACAGGAAGAAUUAUCUUUAUCUGUUGGAGAUGAUCUAAAUUUAUUCUUGGAAUGUUGUUCGCAAUUUGCAGCUCAGUUAGAAGGAACAGUUAAAGAGGAACGUCAUAUUUUGGAAUCUCUUUUUAAGUGGUUUCAGCGACAGGUCAAUCAGAUGGAAGAGAUAAGUAAAGAUCAAAGUUUUUCAGAAGCAGAGUUUCCAGAACCUGAUAGAAAAGUCGCUUUAAACAUUGCACAAGUAGGGAAGCAAAUUCAAAAACUUGAAGAACUGAAAAAUCGCCUCAAAGAAGGAUCCAAAAAGUCCUUGAAAGCCAUGAUGUCUAAGAUCAAGAAUAGUGAAUAUUCAUCAGAAGCAGUGCAAAGUUAUGAAAAUGUACAGCAGAAAAUUGAAGAAUUUAUAAGAACACACUCAGCUGAAGAACUUAUAGAUGUUUCUGCAACUGAGUCACAAACUACUUAUUCAAUACCUGAUCGAUUGAAUGCCAUGAUGAAAAUAUUUGAGAAACAGUCAAAUACAUUAGAGAGAACUAAAAAUGAUAAAAUUUUGUUAGAAACUAAAUACAAACAAAUACAAAAUGAUUUCCAACUGUUACUAGAGGAGAAGUCAGUGCUGGAAAAUGAACUACAAAAGUUGAGGAAUACCGAGACAACAAAGUCUACAUAUGAUCGGACAAAGAAAACUAUGAAAAUGGAGAAGAAAAAAGCCAAAGAAAAAUCUGAGGAUUCAGAAGCGAAACAGCUUAAAAUGGAAGAGUUCCUUAAAGCCAAGAAAACAAUAUAUGCUCUGGAAACUGAGAACAAAAUCCUUCAGGAACAACUGAAACAAGCAUUACAGGUCUCAAUUGUCCAUGAUGGAAGCACAAUUGAAAACAGAUCAAAGAAGAAAGGAGCUAGCACUGCUAUUUCAGAUAUUUCACAGAUCCUCAAGUCUCAAGAUGGAUCAGCUUUUUUAAAGAGUUCAAAUGAAGUUUCAGCUGAUGAAGACCUAUCCCCUUUAUCUCCAUCAAAGCCCCAUGAUAAAUCAUUUACAAGAGAGUUAUUGAGCAAAGACAUUAAAGGUUUACUGUCUGUUGGAACAUUGCUUCCAGGAAAUGAAACAGUGACAACAUCAUUCAUUUCACCCCCCGUUGUUACUGAAAGAAAGCCAGUGGGUAGUGCUAUCUCAAAGGCUUAUAUUUUAGAAGAGAAGUUACAAAGUAAAACUGAAACACAAACUUACCAAGAAGAAAGAAAAUUUCAAGAUCAUGGUCAAGUACCAGAUGAGAAUCCUGUGCUUGAGCAUCAAGGUUCAAUGUCAAACACCCAAUUGCAAGUAAAGAAACACAGACUUUCUAAAGGAGGAAGACUCAAUACUUAUGCUACAUUACCAGAUGAAAAUCGUAUCCUUGAGAAUGAAGAAUCAAUGACAAAACCCCAAAUGCAAGAAAAGAAACAAAGAACCUCUACAGAGAAAACUCUCACUGCCACUCAGGAUAAAGUACCAGAUGAAAAUCGUAUGCUUGAGCAUCAAGACACAGUAUCGAAAUCAGAAAUUCACAUGAAGAAUCAAAGGACUCACAAAAAGAAAGGACUUACUACUUAUGCUACAUUACCAGAUGAAAAUCGUAUCCUUGAGAAUGAAGAAUCAAUGACAAAACCCCAAAUGCAAGAAAAGAAACAAAGAACCUCUACAGAGAAAACUCUCACUGCCAGUAAGUAUAAAGAAAUUGCUGAAACCUGCAAAAUAUAUUCAGAUCAGGGUCGUCAAGGAGAAAAGUGUCAUGGAGCUUAUGCUACAUUACCAGAUGAAAAUCGUAUCCUUGAGAAUGAAGAAUCAAUGACAAAACCCCAAAUGCAAGAAAAGAAACAAAGAACCUCUACAGAGAAAACUCUCACUGCCACUCAGGAUAAAGUACCAGAUGAAAAUCGUAUGCUUGAGCAUCAAGACACAGUAUCGAAAUCAGAAAUUCACAUGAAGAAUCAAAGGACUCACAAAAAGAAAGGACUUACUAAUGAGGAUUCGAAUGAACUCUCAAAUGGAAAUUUUACAGUUGAAGAUUUAGAACUAGCUACCCAAAGACUGAGUGGUAUGUAUGAUAUUCAAGAACAUGUAAAAAUAAUGUCAUGA